CCACUUAACCUACUUUUUUUAUUAGGUGAAAAGUUUUAGAUUUAGGUUAAUAUUAGCUGAAUUACGUUAUAUUUUGGACUAUUUGUAUUAUAAAAUGCGACCUGUGUUUGCAUUUUUGUUGCUGGCGCUGUUAUGCGUCUGUCAACUGAACAGCGCAAAUGUAAAUAUCAACAGCGAAGAUGAAACUGAUAAUGAUUUUGCGGAGUUCGAUGAUGACUUUGUGGAAGCCAGCUAUGAUACCGAAACCGCAGAAAAUGCCGACUCAUCCAGGGGGGCAGGCGGCGAUGGCUACAGCAGAGAACGACAGGAACAGCCCAAGAAAUUAAUUGUUUCCAACGAUGAUGAGGAGGACGGCCUCGUUGAAAACGACGACGAAUUUGAGCACUUCCAGGACGAAGAGGAGUUCGAAGGCUAUGAUGCUGGUGACACCAUGGAACCACCUAUUGAUCAGAAGACGGAGCCAAAGCUAAAGAUACCGAAUAUACCGUUGCAUUUCCGCACUCACUGGGAUUCCUAUUGGAUGGAAAUGCUAAUGGUAGCCGGUCUCCUAGCUUAUUUCGCCAACUUCUUUGCUGGCAAGACAAAGAAUGCGCGUCUGGCGCAGCUCUGGUUCAGCACGCACAAAGCGCUCCUCGACGAAAAUUUUGCUUUAGUUGGCGACGAUGGUAAAGUGGAGAACGAGAACCCAGGACUAAUUAAGGAGAGCGAAAGCUUGUACACUCUUUGGUGCUCCGGUCGCACAUGUUGCGAAGGCAUGCUGGUGGAGCUGAAAAUGAUCAAGCGUCAGGAUUUGGUGUCUCUUGUUGCGGGUCUGAUGCGACCCCAGUUGGAUCAGGUGCACAUCAAAAUCGAAUUGACACGUGGCCUAAUGGAUACAUUUGUGUUUGCAGUCGGUAGCAAAAAGACUAUAACUAAAAUAUUCAAGGAGUACACAGAUUUGACCAAGUUUUGUAGCUUAGUUGCCAAGCCCGAGGAUCGUUAUAACGUUCCUAGUGGCUUUGGCGUGCUUUCGGAAAUACCGGAAGCCACAUCCGCCAUACUCGAGUCACGUGUUAUAACUGCACUUAACAAAUACCAAAGCUAUAUCGAUUACCUGCACAUCUCGGAUCAGUUCAGCGGCCAAGUCCAGCAGGAGGAAGGCAACACGCUGAAGCAGCCGGAGACGAGGCCUGUACUAUUGGCCGGCUUUAAUCUGCCAAAACAUGCCGAAAUGGAGACCAUAAAACCCUUGUUAUUGUUAAUAUUUUAUCUAAUGGAACGCUUGAAAAUCUAUCGUAUGUCCAAAGAGGCCAAAGCUAAGGCAGAUAAGAAUCGUUUGCGCGUCGAGGAAGAGUUCCUAAAAAGCACACAUGCCGCUCGUGCCGAGGCAGCUGCACAGCGUCGCGAAGAUAAGCGCAAGCAGGAGAAGGAGCGCGUGCUCGCCGAAGAGGACCCAGAGAAGCAACGCCGUUGGGAGCUCAAGGAACAAAAACGUCAGGCCAAGAAGAAUGCGCCCAAAAUGAAACGCCUAGCAGUAAAAUCACUAUAGAUCUUGUGCCCAGUAGUGCCAUCUAUUUGCGCUCACCUAUCUCUAGAACAAUUAGCGGCUAUUCCUCAAAUGCCAUUCUAAAGCAAUAAAGUAUUUGUGUUUAUUGAGCGAAAAUUAAGUUUG